GCGCUGUGCUUCGCGCCUCCUUCCUGCUGCUCCGCGGUGUGAACUGAAGGGCGCAGGGAAAGAUGGCGGCCUGCAUGCUGAGGCGGAGAGCCGCUGCGGUGUUCAGCGUGUUCAGGGUUAACCCCGCGCUCUCCGCGGCUCCUCAGAGCGGGGUAAUACAGCAGAGAGCGGGGUAUAACCCCCGGCCGCUCCCGCUGAACCUGAAGGACCCGUAUAUCCCGGAUAAGAGCAGCGAGAAGACCCCGGAGUGGCAGAAGACGGAGCGGUAUGAUCGGCGGCUGUUCGCUCGGUACGGCAGCGCCUCGGGGAUCAGCCCGGCCGCGCUGUGGCCCUCCCCCGCCCGGCUGCAGGAGCUGAUCUCCGAGGAGAAGCAGUGGAACCCGCCGCUGGAGGACAUGCUGCAGAAUAUCGCCGCCGAGGAGAAGGAGAAGGCGGCUAAACGUCGGGCCAGAGAGCAGCUGAUCGCUGCCAACAUGGCCAAAAUGCCAAAGAUGAUUGCAGACUGGAAGAAGGAGAAGCAGGAGAUGAAGAGGAAGCAGAAGGAGGACAAGGCUAAAAAGGAGCGCCUGCUGGCCGAGGCCCGGGAACGCUUCGGCCACGCCAUAGACCCCCGCAGCCCCAAGUUCCUGGAGAUGGUUGCUGAGAUCGAGAAGGAGGAGAAGAAGAAGAGGAAGCUUCUAAAGCGAAGGAUAAAAGAGGAGGAACAAGGACUGGCACCUUCAGCACCAUCUGCUGCAGCCACAUCCAUGUAGAGACAGUGACUGCAGAAUAAAAAAAACACAGACUUUUGUACAUAGAUGUGAAUCUUACCACUUUUUUUUUCUUUAUUUCAUUAAAUGAAACAAAUUUAAAUGGCCAAAGUUGCAAUGGUAUUUGCAGUGCAUUACAUUAAAUGUGUUCUUAAUAACUUAAA